GUAAUAGCCACUUCUGUAAUUAAUUGACGAACUGAUAUAAAAAGCAUCUUUAAUGCGCCUUAAUGUGUGAAUACAGCACAUACAUAAUGUAGUUUAUCAUAUACGAAUGAAUGUGAAUAGUGGUUAAUAAGUCUCUAUCCUAUAAAUAAGGCUUGAACAUUGUGAAAAUGGCACAUGUUGCGACGUUUAUAUGUUAAUAUGUAUGUUUAGAUGCUAUAGUUGCACUUAUAGUAUACAUUUCAUGUUAUUCCCGCAUGCUGUUGCUCUUCACUAGCAGAUGCAAAUCAUGAUCUCACUCAAGAUCGAUUGUUGGAUGACCAGUUGUAUACAAGUUACUUGUGAAUUGCAUUGAUAUUCUCUGUGUUAUCGGAUAUAGCAAUUCUUUUGUUUCGGUGGAUUAUUGUGUUAUGAUUACAGAACUAUCAACAAGUGAUGACUUCAAAUCGGACAUAAGGUCAGCAAAGGGAUCGUCUAAUAUGUUUCAAUAGUGGUAGGAGUCGUUUAAAUGAUUAACUCACAGCUGUAACAUAUAGACAUUAACGAAAAUGGCAGAGGAAAAGAAAGCAGAGACGACUAAUGGUAAUUGUAGCAAGCUUUUGUACAAGUUAUUCAGCACAGAAUCGUGCAAACCUCAUGAAUUGGGUGUUAAAAUCGCAGAAUCUAUUGGAAAAUAUAAAGAUAAGACUCUUCCAAUAGAUUUGGUUCUUAGGUUGGUAUGGGACCAUGCUGAUUAUUAUGCAUGGACACAGAUCAUUCUACCAAUCACUUUGAUUUUCUUCACUUUUGGGCUACUCGUUAUAGUUGUAGCUGCAGUCCUUGAGUAUGGCACGCGGUAUACCUAUUUCAUUAACUGGUUAUUAUGGAUUACGGAAUACUACUAUGUAUACGUCUCAAUAAUACUAGAUUUCUAUCGAGACCUUUGCUCUUGUACUAAAGACAUUAUCCGGGAUAUCGUAAAAUUUAUACUUAACCGUGUAUGCCAAUACCAAUCACUCCGUGGCAGUUUGAAGCAAUAUAUCCGUUGAACAAGUAUUAAAGCAAUCCUAUGUCAAUCAUGCUUAUGAAGACCAGAUACAUUAUAUCAUGUCUGAUAGCAACACUCUCAGCAUAGCCAAAAGUAUUGAUUGUCAAUAAAUGGCGUUAAAGAGAUAAAUGCAUUUGUUGCUGCUUCGAGAACUAAAUAUUGGAUCUUUAGUUGCAAAAAAACUAGGGUCAUAAAAUACUC